AUUUCAUUGGGCUCAUAAUACAUACAUAUAACAAGAACAUUUUUUAAAAUCAGUAUUACCAAGUCAAUAUGAUUUUUUUGAAUACUUUGAUAACGCGAAAAGUGGAAGCACAUCGCUCAAGGAGUCGUUCGUUGUUUACUCUUCUUUUUGGUCUGAUAGCAGGAUUUUGUUUGUCUCAAUUUGCUUCACGCAUGGCCACACCUGUAAUUAUAUAUCCCCUUGCAAGACAACAUUCUGCGAAUCAUACAGACUUACACAAUGAUCUUGUCGUUGACGAGGGACCAGAACAUGAAGUCUUUCACCACGAACACAAGGAAGAUAACACCACAAUAGCGGAUAAAUUAAAGAAAGAGGUUCGAAUUCUUUGCUGGGUGAUGACCAAUCCGAAGAAUCACAAAUCAAAGGCACGUCAUGUGAAACGAACUUGGGGUAAACGUUGCAAUAUCCUUUUAUUCAUGAGCUCGGCUGAGGAUAAUGAAUUGCCCACCGUGAAGUUGGAUGUGGAGGAAGGACGAACGAAUCUUUGGCGUAAGGUUAAGGAGGCGUUCAAGUAUGUCUAUAAACAUCAUUAUAAUGACGCCGAUUGGUUCUACAAAGCCGAUGAUGAUACCUAUGCUAUAAUUGAGAACAUGCGAUAUAUGCUGUACCCAUAUAGUCCUAAAACUCCAGUUCACUUUGGUUUCAAAUUCAAGCCGUUUGUUAAGCAGGGAUACAUGUCCGGGGGAGCUGGCUAUGUGCUCAGCCGGGAAGCUCUUCGUCGCUUUGUGGUGGAAGGCAUACCCAAUCCCAAAAUGUGCUUACCCGGCACUGUUGAGAAUGAGGAUAUCGAAGUUGGGCGCUGCAUGGCGAACUUGAAUGUCUCUGCUGGUGAUUCUCGCGACUCUACUGGCCGAGGUCGUAUGUUUCCUUUUGUUCCAGAACAUCAUCUUAUUCCAUUCAAAUAUGACUUGAAAAUGUGGUAUUGGGCCUAUCAGUAUUACAAGAACGAUGAUGGUCUCGACUGUUGUUCUGAUUUGGCGAUUUCCUUUCAUUAUGUGGCUCCGCAUUUCAUGUAUGCGAUGGACUAUUUUAUCUAUCAUUUGAAACCCUACGGUUUGCUACGAACACCGGAAGCCCUGCCUGCUAAAUUAAAAGUUGGUGAACUAUUACCCGCUCCAGUUGAUUAAUCAGCUUCCGGUAGUAGCCUCUUGAUCAGGAGCCUGAUCAUUUAUAAACACUGUGAUCGUAAUUUUGAUAAAUAAAAACUUGAGUCAACAUCUUUGUAAUAGAUGAAGAAUGAA